UGGGUGUGGGUGGCAGCUCAGACGAUGAAGAGAAAAUGAGAGGGUGUGUGUUUUGUAUAUUCAGGGCUUUCUGAAGCGUGUGCUGUGUACUGAAGCUGGAGACUCUGUUUGGACACUACUGAGGCGCCCUACUGAGGACACACAUCUAUACUCACUAACAGGAUGGGAUUCAGGGUGAGCUUGCUGCUCCUCGCUCUAGCCGUGGUUGUCGUGUUCGGCCAGAAGAAACGCCCUGGAAAUAAGGAAUGGAACUACCGUGAUGGAUCUGAGAAAGUGAACAUGCGAGGUGUGGCGAAUUUGACUCAAGUUCUGGAUGACUGGAGGUUUGAUAUCUUGAACCAGGUGAAGAAUCUUCUGCAGAACGACCACCAGACCUUGCUGCCUGAUUACUCCAGGAUCCAGCCUCUGUCUGAGGCUUUGGAUGACUUGUACAAGGAGUUCAACGCCUUGAAGGCCCACCUCGGCGAGCUGACGGAGAAGUUCACGCCCAUCGAGACCUUCAUCGACGAGCUGAAGACGGAAAAAGCCAACGCCGCCGCACCAGUCGCACCAGUCAUUCCGGUGCGAAGGAGACUGGUCAAGACUCGAGCUCCAGCUUCGUGAAGCCGCUGAGCUUCCAGAACUUUCCAUUAGAGCUGCAUCUUGUUACUGCAUGUUGCUGGGAAACAGGUAAUACACAAAAUGCUGAACAAGCCAAGUCGCCCCAUUUUGUGUUUUCGGGUUGCAUGUCAAAGCAACAAUCUGUAAGAAAACAGGAAAUAUAUACACAAAUCUAUACAUAAAUCUAGAUCUGUAGACUCAUUUGAUUUGAUAUAUUGAUUAUGUUAUUUAUAAACACACAUAUAUCUCUCAUUAUAUAGAAUUCUAUCUUUUAUCAACACACACACGAUCAACACACACACAAAUCGAUAUGGAUUUAGUGUCAUGACCCAUUGUAAUCAGGACAUAUAUUAUUUCUAGCACAUGAGCUAACAUAUUAGGACAUUACUGUGCAUUUAUAUCUCUCUGAGAAUGGUAAUGUGGUGCUUUAUUUCUUUCGGCUCAUGAUCUGAUCUAAGCUACGAAUAAAAUCUGAUGUUUGCA